AUGCUUCUGCUUUAUGCUUUCCUUGUUUUGCUUUCUCUUAGCUAUGGUUUCCAUCCUACCUGUCCUGGCCGAUGUAGCUGUGAUUCCGUGUACUCGGUGCAAUGCUACAGGCUAACGGAGCUGCCAUCUGCUCUUCCUUCCACCACCAAGAAGCUCUACAUUAGCCACAGCAAAAUUCCACACCUUCAGAUGUCUAGCUUCACCCGAAUGUUGGCUUUAGAAGAUUUUAUUCUGCUGGCCAGUGGAACAGAGUCAGUAGAAAAUGACACUUUCAAAACUCUGAGUACCUUGAAGACCUUGGAACUCUGGAAAAAUAAGUUAAGACAGGUCCCCAGGAUUCUCCCAGCCAGUCUUGAAGUGUUAAAACUAAAUGACAAUUCAAUAUAUGUCCUACGCGGAUCCGAUUUUGAAGGACUGAAGAAAUUAAAAAUCCUUGAACUUAAAAACAAUCUGAUCUCUUCUCUGUCUCCCAGCACACUCUCCUCUCUUGUCAGUUUACAGAGUUUGUUGUUAGAUGACAACAAUAUUGAAUCCGUAGCUGGACCGCUGGCCCUUCCCCACCUGAAACGCCUGAGCAUGGAGAAUAACAGACUCCAUCUUAUACCCGCUAGUUUCUUCACUUCUCUCCAGUCUUUGCAAUUUCUCAGCUUCAGUGGUAACUUUCUGACUAAAAUUCCUAUUAAUCUGCCCAAAUCUCUGCUCUCUUUAAAAAUGGAGAGAAACCAGCUCAAAGUGGUAAGGUUUCAAGAUCUGAAACACUUGGAGCAUCUCUCCCAUCUUUAUCUGUCAGAAAACUCACUCUCCUCCAUCGAUGGGGCGCAGAUACUUGCCAAUUUAACUACUCUUGAGUUGUCCCAAAACCAGGUUCAAAUGUUGCCCCUCAGACUCCCAGCAAGGCUACAAAAACUCGACAUUAGCAAUAACCUGAUUCAGAGAGUUACAGCACAAGAUUUCCACGACCUCCGAGACUUGAAACACUUGUUCCUGGACAACAACAUCGUUAGCUUGUUCGAAGCCGGAGCCCUGCAGAUGUGUUCCCAGCUCUCCAACCUGGCCUUGGAGCAGAACCUGCUGUUGUCUAUACCUCUAAGGCUUCCAGGGACCUUAGCCAGGCUGGACCUAAAAGGCAAUGCCAUCCAGAAUAUUGCUGAGAUGGAACUCAAGGAUCUAAAGCAGCUUCAGGUUCUAAACCUUAGGAACAACAAGAUUUCUGCUUUAGACCUCAAAGUCUUGGAGGGGUUGCCUCGCCUCAGACACCUGUAUCUGGAUGGAAAUCCGUGGAAUUGCACCUGCAGUCUCGUAAGAGCGAGGGAGAUCCUGAAGGCCAAGGGCACGGAUGUGAGGGGAGGACAAUGUGCUGCACCAGCUGAACGACAAGGGGAGAGCUGGAUGUCCUCCAAGAAGAUCAUGAGACAAUGUGAGCAUCACUUACAUCUGACCGAGAAAAACAAAGAGACCAAAAAGAAAUCAAAACUGGAAGAACACUCCAGAAUCAACAUGGAUGAUGAUUAUUAUGAUUAUGAAAUAGAUUAA